AUUUCCCCUAAAAUGAAAGAGCUCCAGCCUCCGAAUGAAAACAAUGGCGCGAAGGAGCGCUUCCCGCGAAACCAAAAUAACGCGCCAAAAGGAUCCUCUUUGCCUCCAUCUCCAUUGGUCGUACUUAAAACUAACGCUUACCCUUCGCUUCCCUCUUCAUCUGCACACCAAUCCAAUGUCUUCUUCAGCAAAAACCAAAACCACAACGGUAAUGGCACUUAGGCGCAGAACUCAAGCUCCAAACCCUCUCUCUCGCUCUCUAUAUGCAGAUCAUGCCACCGAAUACGACGACGUUUGCUGCAUGGAAUGUGGUUCCGGCCAUUCUCCGGCUGAACUGCUUCUUUGUGACAAAUGUGACAGAGGGUAUCAUCUCUUUUGCUUAAGACCCAUACUCGUUUCCGUGCCCAAAGGGUCUUGGUUUUGUCCUUCUUGCUCCGACUGCAAAAAACCCAAGUCCUUCCCUCUCGUUCAAACCAAAAUCAUUGAUUUCUUUCGCAUUCAAAGGUCCCCAGAAUCGACUGGGAAGCUAAGUCAUGAUAGCCUGAAGAAAAGAAAGCGGUCUAGCAGCUUAGUCAUGUCGAAAAAGAAAAGAAAGUUAUUGCCUUUCAAUCCAAGUGAAGAUCCUGAAAGGAGAUUAGAGCAAAUGAGAUCACUUGCAACAGCAUUGACAGCUUCAGGAACAGAAUUUAGCAAUGAACUCACUUAUCAGCCGGGCAUGGCACCCAGGUCUGCCAAUCGUCCAGAUCUUGAGAAGGGGGGAAUGCAGGUCUUGACAAAAGAAGACAUUGAAACCUUAAAUUUGUGCAAAAGCAUGAUGGAUAGAGGAGAGUGUCCACCGCUCAUGGUAGUUUUUGAUCCACAGGAAGGGUUCACUGUAGCGGCAGAUAAGUUUAUUAAAGAUUUAACAAUCAUCACAGAGUAUGUUGGAGAUGUUGAUUACUUGAAAAGCCGGGAAAAUGAUGAUGGGGAUAGCAUGAUGACAUUGCUUUGUGCUGCUAAUCCUGCACAAAGCCUUGUCAUAUGUCCAGAUAAACAUGGAAACAUAGCUCGCUUUAUCAAUGGAAUCAACAAUCAUUCACCGGAUGGAAAAAAGAAACAGAACCUUAAAUGUGUGAGAUUCAAUGUUAAUGGAGGUUGUCGAGUUUUGUUGAUUGCAAAUAGAGAUAUAAAGAAGGGAGAGCGAUUAUAUUAUGACUACAACGGAUAUGAGCAUGAAUACCCAACGGAGCACUUUGUUUGAGUUUCUUAUUUUUGAUUCAGAGAAAAGAUUAAUAGGAUUGAGCAGCAACUAACAAGCUAAUCAUACAGUGUUGUAGUUCAUUCAACUCUUAUGUACACAUGAAGAACCAAAAAAAGAAAUCAUGGAAGAAAGAAAUUCUUAAGAGAUGACAAAUUGAAAAGGUGAAAAUGUCUUUUGUACAUCACCUUGAACAUAAUUGUGUUUUUUAAUUGAACAUUUUUACUAGCACAGA